AUGAAGUCGCUACAUUUCAACAUGUGGAAGGAUUACUUGAACCUGAGCCAAGUGGUGUUGGCGCUAAUCCAGAGUCGGAGGCAAAGGCCCGAGGAUCAAGGGGUCGGAGAGGAAAGACCUGGGCCUCCACUGGGUCAGAAUGAGGGUCUGGGAGGGCCCGGGGCCAACGGGGGCCAGCCCAACAUGUGCAACUUCUGCAAGCACAAUGGAGAGUCUCGGAAUGUCUACUCUUCACACCAGCUGAAGACGCCAGAGGGUGUGGUGGUCUGUCCCAUCUUGAGGCACUAUGUGUGUCCCCUGUGUGGGGCCACUGGGGGCCAGGCCCACACACUCAAGUACUGUCCACUCAAUGGUGGCCAGCAGUCCCUCUACCGCCGCAGUGGACGCAACUCAGCUGGUCGUAAGGUCAAGCGCUGA